AUGACUCCUGUCUCCACCAUCGUUUCUUUUCUCGCUCUCUUCCUCUCGCUAGUCACGGUUUCUUGUGACGUCAUCAGAUUACCUUCUCAAGCUUCUAAGUUCUUCCACGACGGCGAUAAUUCUUCCGCCGGUACUAAGUGGGCCGUUCUCGUCGCCGGGUCUAGAGGAUACUGGAACUACAGGCAUCAGGCGGAUGUUUGUCAUGCGUAUCAGCUCCUGAGAAAAGGUGGAGUGAAAGAAGAGAAUAUUGUAGUGUUCAUGUUUGAUGACAUCGCAAAGAACAAAGAGAACCCAAGACCUGGAAUCAUUAUUAACAGUCCUAACGGAGAUUGUAAGUUAUGGGCCUCUGAUUACACUGGAGAUGAAGUUAACGUUGGUAAUCUGUUUUCUGUGAUUCUUGGAAAUAAAACAGCUCUUAAAGGAGGAAGUGGUAAGGUUGUAGAUAGUGGUCCAAACGAUCAUAUCUUCAUAUACUAUAGUGAUCAUGGUGGCCCGGGAGUGCUUGGGAUGCCAACUUCUCCGUCUCUAUAUGCAAACGAUCUAAACCAUGUAUUGAAGAAAAAACAUGCUUCUGGAACCUAUAAGAGCUUGGUGUUUUAUCUUGAGGCUUGUGAAUCUGGAAGCAUUUUCGAAGGUCUUUUACCAGAAGGUUUAAACAUUUACGCGACAACUGCAUCAAAUGCAGAAGAAAGCAGCUGGGGUACUUAUUGUCCUGGAGAGGAUACGAGUGUACCGUCCGAGUAUGAGACCUGUUUAGGCGACUUAUACAGUGUUGCCUGGAUGGAAGAUAGUGAUAAACAUAAUUUAAAGACAGAGAGUUUGCACCAGCAAUAUGAACUGGUGAAGAAGAGGACUGCAGCAACUGCUUCGUCUUAUGGCUCUCAUGUCAUGGAGUUUGGAGAUAUAGGACUAAGCAAGGAGAAGCUCGUCCUUUAUUUUUUGGCACAAACCCAGACAAUGAAAACGCCACCUUUGUGGAUGAAAAUUCACUCCGGCCACUUCCAAGAUUUACAAACCAGCUAUCGAAAAGCACCAGAAGGUUCUACAAGAAAAGCCCAAGCUCAGAAGCAAGUCCUUGAAGCAAUGUCUCACAGGCUUCACGUCGACAAUAGCGUUCUAUUAACUGGGAAACUCUUGUUUGGCAUUUCAGAAGGUCCUGCCGUGCUAAACAAAGUUAGGCCUGCUGGAAUGCCGCUUGUCGACGACUGGGACUGCCUUAAAACACUUGUGAGGGCUUUUGAGUGGCACUGUGGAUCAUUGUCUCAGUACGGAUUCAAGCACAUGAGGUCCAUUGCAAACAUGUGCAACGCUGGGAUUCAGAUGGAACAGAUGGAGGAGGCAGCAAUGCAGGCUUGUCCCACUGUCCCGAACAGUCCUUGGAGCUCUCUUCAUAACGGAUUCAGUGCUUGA